AUGCCCACUCCAUUCAUCCGCCCCUACAACCCCACGCUCGACUUCGCCAACGGACUCCAUGUCUACUUCGCUACCAUCGACCCAAGCCUAGACUUUGAGCCUGCCCGCACAAUCGGCUCCUACCUCUGGUACCGGCCCUACGUCCACCUCACACCAGAGACCUGCCACGUCCUGGACGACGGGUCUGGCCACAUAGUCGGGUACUGCAUUGGCGCCGCAGACACGCUGGCUUUUGCGCAGCGCUGGCGUGAGGAAUUCCUCGCCGAAAUUGAUGCUGCGUGUGUUCCUAGGCCCGAGGUGCGGACGGGGAAUGUGGGUAUGGAGGGGGAGAUGGUAAGGGGGUUUAGGGCGGCGGCAUAUGCUGCGCAUGUUAGCAUGCUUCAGGAUUGGCCAGAGGUAUUGGGGCGGUUUCCCGCGCAUCUGCAUAUUGAUAUUCUGCCUGGGUUUCAGAAGAAGGGGUAUGGAAGGCAGCUUGUUGAGGCGUUUUUUGGGACAGUGAAGGGGAUCGGGGCGCAAGGGGUGCAUCUUGAUAUGGUGAGGACGAAUGUGAAUGCAUUGGCGUUUUAUGAACGCGUGGGGUUUAGGAGAUGCGAGCAGGUUCUAGAUGGAGGGGCUAGUGGGGAGGCUGGGGUUGAUGGGGUUGUAUUAACGUUGGUUAGGGAGCUUUGA